UUCUGGCUCAAAGGGCAUCACGCCAACUCCCAAAAGAAAGAUCGGCUCUUGAACCCAUCGAGCCAUGUUUGAUUUCUCCAUAAGAAGAGGUGCUUCGCGCCAGUCCGGAACGGCAGAUCCUGGGCAGAUCCUGCUGCUACCUUUGGUGAGUUGGCGACGCAAAAGAUGCAAGGUAAAUUUUGUCACCUGCAUCAUCAACAAAGGAAUCCUGGUAGAUCACAGGGAAAGACACACCUGCGCCUCUCCGGAGCUGCAGCAUCGUGCAUGGACACGACGGCAGGUGGCCACUGGCGUGUCCACGCUGGAAUGGAGAAGGGCUUUGUUCUCAGAGUUGCAGUCUGAUACUGCGCGCCCUAUUUCGCCUCCAGCCCCCCGAGGUUUAGUUGGUAGAAUGGGUCACACGUGGAGAUGGGGCUGUGCUAGCCAAGUGCUUUUCAGCACAUGUGCAUGCACGGCGCGUCAGAAGCAGAACGCCAGCGUUUACUAAACAGUGCGCUUUGUAAACAGUGGUUUCUUCUCUCCUAGUGGCUCGUGCGACCACCUUUGAAGGACAUAGCCGUCCCGACCUAGUCUUCCAAAAUCAAGGACAGUUUGCCACAGCCUGGAUUUUAUUACCAACGCGGGGCGGUGAAAUAGAAGGUCAUCCCGACCCACCAUGAUUUUUAGCGGACGCCGGAGAGAGACUCUCACGGGUCUCCUUGCGGCAUCCGUGAACACCUUUCUCAGCAGGCGGGCUGGUCAGAUUUCCACCGCUGUCCGUGCAGUCGCCUCCUCCUGGUCUUUUCUGGUGUUCGUUUCCCCUUCUAAGGUUUUGCACGUUCCUUCUUGCCAGGUUUUCAGCAGGAGGGUUUGUUGGGACAUGGGUUUGUUGCCACGUGUUGCCACGCCACCAGACACUUGAGGCAUUGCUUCCUUGCCUCCGUCUUCGCUGCCGCAUGUCUAGGCGUUCUCCAUUGCCUGGGCUUUUUGGUUCGCUCUAGCAGUUGCUGCCCAGUUGGGCAGGGCUACAGCCUCUGUGAAAUGUGGCAGGACUUCCGGUCGAUGCUGAGCUUUUUCCUGGGUGCUCUCCUUUGCUGCCUACUGACUCAAAAUGACAAGAACACUGAAGAGCGGCCUAUGUGGAGUGGCUGGGUUGGUAUCCAGCUCUGAGAGGGAAACCACCUCCAGUCAGCAGGUGGCCGGUAA